AUGCCUUCCGCAACGCGCACGCGGCUGCUGGUCGUCGUCGCCUCCACGCCGGCCAACGUGUCGCGGCGCAACGUCAUCCGCGCCACGUGGGGCACAGUCGCUCUGCGUACUGAUGUCGUCCUCGUCUUCCUGGUCGGCCGCACCACGGAACGCGUCCAGGCGCGGCUGAUGAGGGAGCACGCGGAGCACGGCGACAUCGUGCAGGGCAACUUCGUGGACAGCUACCGCAACCUGACGCUGAAGACGACGUGCAUGUUGGAGUGGGUCAGCCGGUUCUGUUCCCGCGCGUCCCUCGUGCUGAAAGUCGACGAGGAUGUGUUUUUACACAUCCCGAACUUGCUAUCAUUUCUG